AUGUCAGAACUGAGCCUGCCAGAAUAUUUCCAUAUCCCCAAUAAAAUCUACAUUCCUCAGAUUCCAGAAACUGAUGUGAAAUGGACAUAUUCUCAAGGAAAUACACUUGCAAAUAAAACAGGGAAUAUUUCAACACCUACGGGAACAAGGCAGGGCAUGGUCAACAUCUGUUGCAAUGUAGAAUUGGAAAGGACUUGGAGCAAAUCUAUCCUUAAGCAGAAUAAUGGUAUGAUGAUGCAGUAUGGACAAACUUUCUUUAAUAAAAUUAUUCUUUUCACUGCAGAGGGAUCUUUUCCAGUUCCUUUACAAUUUGUUCCUCUUGGUCCUGGACGUUAUCCUUGUAAAAUUUUGUUGACUUCAAGAUAUGACGUACGUUUAUAUUACAUUGAAGGUGUGGUUAAUAGUGAAUGUCCAGAGGCAAAAUUUGUGUUUGAAACACCAGCAUUUGAAGCCAUUACUCAGAAUAUUCCAAUAAUUAAUAAAACAAAGAAUGAAUGGAAACUUCAAGCUACUGUAAAAGGAGAAUGGUUUUAUGGGCCUCCUAUUUUACAAGUAGAACCAGAAGAAACUGUGCAAUAUCCUCUCACAUUCAAGCCUAUUUUGGAGUGUGAGAUUAAGGGUCUACUUAUUCUUCAAAAUGAAGUGGAUGGUAUGGAGUACACUUUUUAUAUUAAAGGGAUUGGGAAAAAACCCCUGGCCAUGGAUUGUAUCACUGUGAAUUGUGAAGUGGGGAACAUAAAGGAGAAAACUAUAACGUUGCCUAAUUAUUCAAACACUGUUAUAACAUAUAAGGUAUCCUCAGAUCUUUCAAUUGUGUGGGGAGAUUCAUAUAUUACCAUAGAUCCUGAUAAUCCAACUACAUACACUCUACACGUGUGCCCUUGGAAACGUGGCACAUUCAAAGGUUCAAUUUCAUUUUCUGUCAUAAACAAAGAAACUGAUGAUUAUGAAGAUGAAACAGAUCAAGAGCCCCCUUUCCUGUGGCUUUAGACAUCACCAGCACAGAAUUGCCUGAUUUUUAAAAAAUAUUCAAAACCCAGGUAUAAACAUCUUAAAAUCUGGUACAACCUUGAGAUCCAUAGCUCUCCCAAACCAGCUGAAAAAAUCAUUGAAUUGAAAUGCAUUGCUCUGGAAUCCAUUUGCCUAGAAAUUCCUAUUUUUAAUCCAAGAGACAGAAAUGUUCGCAUACAUGUGCAAUUAACAAGUCCUGCCCUAAGUGGACUCAAGGAACUUAAAAUGAGUCCACAAGAAUCCAUCAACUAUGUUUUACGAUUUUCUCCAGCAUCUGCAGGCUAUAAAGAUGAAAGCAUUAUUUUUCAGCCUGAAACGGGUGAGGAGUUUUGGUAUUUACUGAAAUUAACUACUGAACCACCAGAACCAACCAUAAUGCCAGAUAUGAAAUGUGACCUUGGAAAGCAUGACACUCAGAUAAUUUCCUUAGCUAAUCCAACC